CUGCGCUGCCCCCGCCGCGCCGCUCCCGGCACGGAGCCCCCGCUGCUGCGGGACCUGCUCGCUGAGCUUCGCCCGCGGGCCCUCGCCUGGGGCGCGGCGGACUCGUCACGCCCCGCGGGCGGAGUGCGCCGCAUCCCCGGUAGAGGCGGCGGGGAGCGCCGGGAAUGCCGUACUUCUACACCGGCAAAAUAUGCUCCCUGCAAAGACAUUACCAGCACAACAAAGUGUGGGAGACACUGCCAUCAUUUUGAGGCAGAAAACUGCCCCAUCUCUCCUGCGUGGCUAAUCCAUAGAGGAUUGAUGAGGAAGUAAAUACCUCUUCAUAAAUUGCUAAAUACUGUGUGGAAUAUCUGAAAUGGGAUUUGGGAAAAACUAAUGACAGGCUUUAACUGAUUCCCCACGAUGUUUGCAAAAGCAACGAAGAAUUUUGUGAGAGAAACUGACAGUGGAGGUGACUUGAUCCCUGUCUCCCACUUGAACGCCUCAGACAAGCUGCAGCUUUUGAGCUUAGUUACGAAGAGGAGGAAAUUCUGGUGCUGGCAGAAGCCCAAGUAUCACUUCUUGACAGUGACCCUGAGUGAUGUGCUUACUGAAGACAAACCAAUAAAACCAGUGAUUGUGGAGUCUGACUUUGCAAAAUAUAUGGGGAAGUUUGAAGAUUUUGUUCAAGGAAGUAUUGAAACAUCAUUUGUGAAGUUCAGCCUGGGAGCUGGAGGGAAGGGUUACGUGGAAAACCAAUCCUCAUUUGGAAACCUGAGGAAGCAGGAGGUUGACUUGCAGCAGCUUAUGAAAGAUGUCAAGGACAGAACAAUAGAUCUAAACAGUAGUUUACUGCAACAAGUAAUAGAAAGAAAACGUGAAGUGCUGUGCAUCUUGAGAGAAAAGAUAAUCACAACUCAGAGAUGUACAAUAUCCGAACAUAUCCAGACAGAAGAAAAAGUCAGUGGUGUGAUGGGAUGCACUGCAAAAACAAUAAAGGUUUCAGUAAGUGAGAAUGGAAGUCUGAUGAAGGAUUCUAGCGUGAUCCUUGAAAUUCCUCCUGCAACUACUAUUGCGUACGGUGUAAUUGAACUGUUUAUAAAGCACAAUGGCCAGUUUGAGUUCUGUCUGCUAGAUGAACAGCAAGGAGGUUUUGAAAAAGAAAGUACAGAAGGCUCAGCUUAUCCCCAUUCAGUUCAAUUCAGAGAUGCUUCGUUCCUCUAUCAGCCAGAUGCUGUUGAUAAUGAGAUGUACUCUGGGACUAAAAACCUCGUUCCCAGUGAUGCUUCUAUAAGUAUAUUGAAACAAGGUCUGUCCUGGUUGAAGACCCAGUUCCAGCCGUUUAUGAAGCUUGCUGAAGACAAGCAGAGAGCUUUAUAUAAAACCCUGUGUGAGCUCUUGCUCCAUGAAGAAAUGGUGACUGCCCUGGGGGACAUGUUCGAUGAUAUCUGCACAGGAGACAAGCCAGAUCUGGAGGAGUUAAAACCUGAACAACAAAGAGACCUCCUUGACUUCUUGCAGCUCUUAGGGUGCAGUUUGAAGAGUGAGCUAUUGUUGCAGAAAUACCAGCCUCAGGAUGAAGAACUUUUCUCAGCUGCUCACCUUCUUAUCAGUGCUAUAUCUGAGCUGCCUGAUGACACCCUUGUCCUGCUGCGUGCCUGCUGUGAUCUUCACGUUGUUCCAGCCUUGUGUUUUUUGCCUAACGUCGCUUCAGCCGAUGGCACUGUGGCGCUGAGCAGUCCUUUGGUGGCCACUCUCACCGACAGAGGAAGAUUUGAGGUCGUGCAAAGGCUGUUUGCUUCAUCAAACAUUAAUCUGGAAAUGACAGAGUCUUCUGUAAAGGCUGUAACUAUGAAAGAACCGAGAUUCUUCCCACUUGUUCUUUAUGUUGCACUGUAUGGAUUUCAUGCUUUAGGUGGGAAUGUAUAGGAGCUAUACUGAGUAUCCAGUUUUUGCUGUAGCCUGUUGCUUCUUUUGUAGCUGUCUGUAAUUUUGGUGUGUUUGGGAUCAGCAGUAGAGCUGUUCUGUUGGUACUUAGGGCAGCACAGGCAGGAAUUAGGGCGACCAGGGGACUCUGCAGUUUCAGUGGAAAAUACAUAAAUAAGGGAUGAAGGGGAGAAAUUAAAAAAGAGAGCCAUGGGAGAGAAACUGAACAUAGCUGCUCUGGUAGGUGUCAGAUCUGCAGGGCAGUGAAAGCCAGAUUGCUUGCAUUAAUAUGCAUGGGAGAAGGCAGCAAAGUACAAACUGCUUUUUGUAAGCAAGCAAACAGGCAGGCCCUGGAAACCCAGGGUUCUGCAAUGCAGCAACUGUUUUUCUACUUAAGCCUGGGUGUGCAGAAUGCCUUCACUCUGGAGCAAGUGCAAUGGAGGGCUCUCAAAAAGGUACUCGAUUAGAUUCUCUUAUUAAUUAUUGUUUGACUUUUAUGGAUAUGAGCUGCACACUGCAGGAAAUAGCAAAGUCUCUUUUUCAACCACCCAGACCCACUUCAGGGAUUUAUACCUCUGUACAGCAUUUCUGUUUUCUGGUAUGUUUUUACUCAUGUUAGCAAGUUUCAGCUGUUUAAACUGCAUUCUGAACUUUGGCAUGGCAAUGCCUUCUGGUGUGUGCACAUGAAGGGUCCCUGCUGCACACCACAGAAAUGAUCAUUUUACCCAUAUGACAUUUUCAGUGCACAUAUUUUGCUUGUUUCUUUGACUAACAGGAAAGUAUUAGUAAAGCACUGUGUGCUUGAACUAUUUUGCCUGUUUUUUCAUCAUAAUUUUUUAUAAUCAUGGAUGGAACAGAAAUGCAGCAUAGAUCACUGUAAAUGUGGGCUUGGGAAGAUGUUCCAAGUAGAUGAGUAUCAGUGCUUACAGAUGAGAUCGUGAGAUGGCUGAGAGACAAACAAGCAGGCACCUGUGUGGGGGUGAUCAGUAACCAGGCCCUGCAGCGUAGCUGGUGGGUAGGAGUUCUGCUCCAUUUCCUGCUCUAUUCCCACAUGCCCUUGAGCAGAUUGUCUAAGAAGCUUUUAAAAAGUCACUUCAGUUCAGCUUUCCUUGAGGACAUGGACUUUGCAGAAAAGCACCACGGUGCCUUUCCAGUCCGUGAGAGCUCAGGAUAGCUCUGCACGCUGGGACGUGGGCGUUUCUGCAUCUCAUCUGUUCAGUGAAGCCAAUGGUGUUGCCUGAACUUUGUGCUGGUGUAGAAAGAAAGAUCCUUUAGGAGCUGGAAGCAUGGAACUCUGCUUCUGGGAGCAGUGUGUAAGUGGGACAGUUGUCUUUUGCCUAUCCACUACUAAAGUUGCCUCUGUAAUGAAUUUACAAAAACUGCCCAUUAAAUGCUGUGUCAAAACAA